ACAGGCUAAGGGCGAACUCUCCCCGCCCUCUUUCCACCCGAAUCAUCCCUCCCUCAAGGUAGAAAACAGAGCACUUCCUAGUUGAGCACGAGAAGGAGCGUGGAGCUGGGAGAAGCAGGAGGGAGGGAGCGAAAGCCAGAGGAGCGAGAGAGAGAGAGAGGGGGGGGGGGUGGCGAGCGGGCGAAGAGGAAAGAGCGAACAGGAAGAGGAUGGCAGGGAAAAGGAACUGCUGAACGGGGCCGGGGACCGUCGCCUGUCAGGUAUUGAGGGAGGCGCUCGAAAGUGCACGGACCUGCGGGUUUUCCUUUAUUGCCCCCCAUCCCCACCGCUCGCUCCUCCAAGACGCUGCUGCACCGACUCCAAGCAGGCACUGAUUCUCCUCAGUGUGGUCUUGUAUGCUUUGGACAAAGGCGCCUGGUGAGGGGCACCAUCACCUGAACAGCUGAAACUUCUUUGGCAUCCUUUGUUAUGUUAUUGGACUUGGGAUCUCUUCCCAGUGAGAGCUGCAUAUCCUCAGUGACUCAUUUGGAUUCAUGAGACUCUCAUAGCUGGGACACCUUCCUGAGUACAUUCUUCAACUCCUUGCCUGAAGGUGAAAAUCAUAUUAUUUGAAAACACCUGAAAAGUACCUGUUUGCUAGGGAAUGCAAACAUUUUUUUUUUAAAAAAAAAACCUUUGUUAGUUUUUGUCUCAUUCCUCUCCCCUGGUCUUUAUCCAGAUAGCAGGGCUUCCUUUUUUCUUUCUUGUCCUAAAUCUGAAGUAGCUCAGACAGGUUGUUUUUCGUUCCUAUAAGCUUUUGAUGUGGCCCUGCCCCAUAGCAUUCUUUUUUGUGAAGAAGCAAGAGGAGAAACGUGUUUGUGUAUACACUUCCCCCCUUUAAAACUUUUUGUUUGUUUACUGACAUGAAGGAUCUUGCUCAAUGAAGAAAGAGAAAGCCCUGGGAAACGGUUGGGCAGCUUGAGCUGUAGAGGAAGUUUCUUGGUUUAAAGGGCUGCAUGAGCCACUUAAUCUACUAAGGAAAUGAAAAGAUUUUCAAAUCCUCCUCUUUAAAUCUGCUGCUUCUGGGGGAGAGGUUAAAGGGAAAGGGUUAGGUUGCCGUGAGUUGCAACCAGCUUUUGACAGGCUUAGCAAAGGGUGAAAAACAAAACUGCAAAGCUGGGGCUCCGUAGCGAGAUGAACAUGUUUUUGGGGGCAUGUGGGGAAGGCUCUGAGACUCUCCUGCAUGGAGAAUUUGGUGCCCACCCCCCAAAGGGGACCCGCUUUGCCCUCAGCCUCACACGGACAGAGUUGCAUAUCCAGCGCCUGGUGCCCAAGCCGGAUACAGAUCAUCGGACGGUGUUGCAGCUGAUUGAUGUGGUGGGGUGCCACACAAUGCGCAGCCACACAAUUGCAAACCAGUCAGCUUUCUUCAGUGUCUACGCUUACCCGCUGAAGAAGAGGAAGGUGGCGGUGAGCUCUGGGCGGGUGCGGCAGCGGACUGCGAGGACCUUUCAGGUGGAUAGCGCAGAGUGCUAUGAGGAUAACCUAAAAGUGGCGGAGAGGUGGGCAGCUGCCAUCAAGUGCCUGGUCUUGGGGAUCCCCAUCUCGAGUGAAACAGAGAUCAGCCGCAGCCUCCUGCCCCGUCCCCGUCGCCUGCUCCUGCUGCUGAACCCCUUUGGAGGCAAGGGCAAUGCCCUGCAGUGGUGCCAGAAUCACAUCCUCCCCAUGAUCACGGAGGCUGACAUCGGCUUCAACUUGAUCCAGACAGAGAGACAGAACCAUGCCCGGGAGCUGGUACAGAACAUCAACUUGGCUGAGUGGGAUGGCAUUGUGUCCAUUUCAGGAGAUGGGCUUCUAUAUGAGGUUAUUAAUGGCUUAAUGGAACGGCCGGAUUGGGAAGAAGCUAUAAAAAUGCCCCUAGGUAUUCUCCCUUGUGGGUCUGGAAAUGCAGUAGCUGCAGCCAUAAACUUCAGAGCUGGGUUUGAGCAAACCUUGGGCCAGGAGCUGCUCACAAGCUGCACCCUCCUGCUUUGCCACGGCGCGGUGACCCCCUUGGACCUGGUGUCGGUCACAACCGCAUCGGGCUCCCGUUCCUUCUCCUUCCUGAGCGUGGCCUGGGGCUUCAUCUCCGACGUGGACAUUGAGAGUGAGAAGUUCCGGCACAUCGGACCGGCUCGCUUCACCUUGGGGACAAUGGUCCGCCUGGCCGCCUUGAACACUUACCGGGGGCGCCUCUCCUACCUGCCCGCCCCGGAGGGCACAGCCCACCGCCCCAUCUUGCGCAGCAUCACCAUGGCGGCUAACGGGAGCCUCCCCUUCCAGCACGGGCCGCUCCACCGCACAGUCUCUGACCUGGGCCUGUGCAAGGAACGCCACUCCCUCUGCUUCCAGGAGGUGGAGCCUUCCGACGAGCCCACCCCCUCGCCCAGCUCCCCACCCUCUUCCUCCAGCUUCCACUCUUCCAGCUUCAGCUUCGAGAACCUGCCGGAGGAGCUCGUGGCUGACUGCAGGGAGACGCGGGAGGCCGGGCUGCCCAUGACCGCACCUGCCGUCUCGCUUUCUCCCCAGCAGGUGCACGGCCCCCCCGACGAGUUCCUGGCACCUCUGGACCAGCCGGUGCCCAAGUCAUGGGUGACAGUGGAGGAGGACUUUGUCUCUGUGCUGGCCAUCUAUCAGUCUCACCUGGGAGCCGACCUGUUCAUGGCACCCUUUGCCUGCUUCAACGACGGCCUCAUCCACCUUUUCUACAUCAAGGCAGGCAUCUCCCGGGCAGCCCUGAUCCGCUUGUUCUUGGCCACGGAGAAGGGCACUCACUUUGACAUGGAGUGCCCGCAUUUCAUCCACAUUCCCGUCCGGGCCUUCCGCAUCGAGCCCCUCACUCGCAAGGGCAUCCUCACCAUUGACGGAGAGAGGGUGGAGUACGGACCCAUCCAGGGGCAGAUCCACCACGCGGUGGCCAAUCUAAUCACCGGCGUGAACCAGGUGAAGAUCACAGCGUUCUGACCCAGGAUGCGGGAGCACUUUGCAGAUCUGACGUAACUUUCGUUCUCUUCUGCCCCUUUGCUGCAAAGAGGGACCCUGAGGCUUGGGGUCGGGGGUACUGUCUGUGUGGGUAGUGGGUGGGCGUUCUGACUUGCAAUGCCCCCUCCAGCCACCAGAUGGCAAGCUGCUUAAAACCUCCCUCUGCUCUUCUCGGCCUUGGCACACACAUACCAUAUAUUCCUUUAAUGAGCCUUUGGGUGGCAGGUCUUGGCCACUCCCCAUGAUCCUCUGCUGCUGUCCAUGCAACAGUUUGAAUGUUGACCUCCUCCUUCCUUCCUUCCUCACCCACUUGCAAAGGCCUGGUUUUGCCAACCUGUUUUGCAUCUCCCAUCAAGAAGGAGCAGCUUGGCUACAGGACCCUUGGUGUGGUUUGGGUCGAGAAGUGAUGUAGCCUUUCCUCCCCUACAAGGACCCACCACCCUCUCCACCUUGUUCCUUUUAGGGGAGGCCUUCUAUUCCACUUUUCCAACCACUUGCCCCAUAGACGGGGGACACCUCUGUGGUGUACCCUGCUUGCCAGUCUGGGGCAGUAACACUGAAGACUCCCCUCCCUUUGCAGCUCAUGGUUCAGGACCGUGUCUGAAGUGAUGGGGAGAGAGAUGCUGGUGUGGGUUGGAGAAAUGAGUGGGGCACUGAGUGGGCUGGGGAAAUGCACAUUCCACACCAACUUUCCUUCAAGCCGUGGGACCAAGAGUCGUGUCCCAAUUUCUCAAUUUCUAGUGUUGUUCUCUCUCUCUCUCCAUUCACAAGAAGCCACUUAGAGAACACUAACCCUUCCUUGCUGCUCCUCGUCUUUCCACGGUCCGCUCAGCCGGGGUGGACGCAGGGUGGGGGUGUAUGUGAAAGCAGUGAGACCACUGUAGCAGGGAGCCGAAUGUACGAGGCAGCCCACAAAACACUAACUUCUAUUUGACACCACCACCCCUCCUUUUAAACCCUUAACAGAACCGAAGGCAGCCGUUUUCCCUCCUCUCUUUGUUUACCCUGGGAAGGGAGAUCUGCCAUCUUUCUUUGGAGUUGUGUUUGGUUCUUCGGCCACCUCUCCUGCAGGGGGUGACCAAGGACAUUAAGGGCAAGGAAGGGACCACUUUCUCGACAGCCUUCUAAGGCUCAUUUCUAGCCAGCCGGAGGUGUAGUGAAAGGGGAUGGGACUGACCCCCAACCCCUGCACUGAUGACCUCCCAAAUCUGGCGCUCUCAAGGAAUAAACUUGAUGAAUGUAACUGGAAUUUUUUCUUCUUCUCACGGGUGGGGGCUUAACUUCGGUAGGGCGGUUUGUUAUUAUUCUUUUCUCCCCACUAUGUGGGGGUUAACAAGCAAUUAAAAUGAUCCAAUACUGUAAUGGAUAUGUGUGUGUGUGCAUAUAUGAAAUGAUGUUCACCAAAAAUGUAUUUGUCUGUGUCUCUUAAGAGAUGUCGAAUCAGGAGAUUGAAGUUGGCAAAUUCCACCGGCAAAACUUUCCCCCACUUCCUCGUGGGAGAAAGCCUGUAUAUCAAAGGUCGACCUAGUGGGUUGACGUCUAGGCCAGUACUAGAGCAAAGCAUAAUAGGGUUCCUAAUUUGCUGAAAUUUCCACACUACUUCUUUUUUUGUUGUUGUUCUGUCCUUUCUCUUCGCAGAGUACAUUGUUAAGCAGGACUGUUUUAAAAGGCGGUUAGAAAGAUUCGCAGAGGAUAAGGCCACCAAUGGCUCUUCCUCAUGAUGCCUCCAGUAUCCAAGUCUCUGAAUCCUGGCUGCUGGGGAGCAUGAGUGAUUGAGUGCGGUUGUGCUCAUGUCCUGUCUGUGGGCUUUCCAUAGGCCUCUCUUUAGCCACUGUGGGGACACCAUUUGCCCUUGAAAGGUGGGAAUGAGAUUCCUCCCUGCAGUGGGCACAUCAACACCAUGCAUUGAAAGCACCACAAAACCAAUUUAAACAUUUGCAGCUUUCCGCCAAAGACUUCUGGGACAUGUAGUUUGUUAAGGGUGCCAAGAGGUGUUGGAAGGGGGAGGAAAAGGGGACUGAUCCUUAAACCAUUCUGGGAAUUUCAAGCUCUGUGAGGGGAGUAGGGACGGCCUAACAACGCUCAGCACCCUUCACAAACUACAGCUCCCAGAAUUCUCUAGGGCAAGCCAUGAUUGUUUAAAGCGAUGUGGUGGUGUUUUAAGUGUAAGGUGUGAAUGUGGCCUAGGUAGGCCUGGACUUGGGCCAUUGGCUGCUCUUUGCUAACACGACUGCUCACGGUCCCGUUAGGUUAACAAGCAGUUUUUACGUUCUUUAGCUGCUGGUUUUUGUCUUCACUCUGAAUGUAGCCGCAGAAGUGCGUGUGUGAGAGAGAGCAGGUUUUAUAUACAAAGGAAAGGCCAUCCUGCAAAGUUUCCAUCUCACAGAAACCUCCUGAGAGCCAGGCUGUCACUUUGAUCCCUGUAAUCGGAGCUUAUGAAUGACACUGUUGGGAGGCAACUCAGAGGCCUCUGCCUGCCAUAGCAAGGAGGGCGGAUUCCUCUCUGGGAAAAAGACCCUCUGUAGCAGUUGCUUUGUAGUAUUUAGGUGGCAUGUAAGGCCGACUCAGGAGGAAACGGGGGGAAUUCUGGGAUCUGCUGACGUUAUUGUGUGGUUAAAUGACUGCUGUUUGAAAAGGAAAGCCAAUCGAAGGGACCAAGAUUUUUUUAAUUUUCUUUGUUCACGUGAACGUUCCUAGGCAUUUUAUUAGCAAUAUUUCAGCUUGCCCUAUUUCCCGCUCUCUCCCUUUUCCCCACAAGUUGCUAGUGGGAGCUGGUGAAUCCAUCACUAAGAAGUGUUGAUCGCAAAAGGUCAGAUCCGUACUUUUAAAGCACCAUCAACACACAUUCACAGCACGUGGCCUCCCCCUAAAAAAAGAAUCCAUGGAACUGCAGUUUGUUAAAGGUGCUGGGAAUGUUAGCGCUCUGGGGGCACGGACUACAGUUCACAUAAUUCUUUUGGGAAAGUCGUGAGCAUUUAAUGUGCUUUAAAUUAUGUAGAUCUUUCCACAGGUCUGGCUUUUUUUGGGGGGGGAUGAGGCAAGGACGACAGAACUGUGUGUCUCAAUAUAUGACAGCGUAGGCUCACAGCCGUAUUAAGCGGAGCCACGAAGCAAGGAACAAUGUCAUCUUGAGAGGGUUUUCUAUUGCCCAGAUAACAAUCGUGCAGAGCCACCGAGCUUCACGCAGCUCGCCGGCCCUGUGUGGGAGUUCCAGGGCCCUCGCCAAACUUUGCUGCCUGCCUGGGACUGCAAAAACAGGUAGCGGGAGAUGUCUUGAGGCACGCCCCCUCACCCAGCCUGGCAGGUCACAAGGCGGAACACUUCCGUGGGGCUGAGCCUCCUCUCUUCCCCCCUUCCCCCCCUUUUAAUUGUAUAUUAUAAAUCUCUAUUUGUGGCUUACCUCAUAGGCAGUGUCUUAGGAAGCAUCGCUUCUCUGUUUGCUGCUUGUUGCACUUUAAAAACAAACAGAUAUUUCCUAUAACAUUGCACAGUCUUAACUUCGAUUACCGUAGCUUUAAACACUUGUUCCAGCAUCAAGAAGAGUAGCUUUAGAACCCCAGGGAGGAGAUCUGGUUCACUCUCGCAGCGCCAGCGCCUGCUCCAGAUCUCGCAAGUGGGAGGCGUCGGCGUCCUGCUUGCCGCAAACCCCACUGUCCGAAAUGGGGAGGACAAUGUAACUGGAGGGUGGCACUUAUUCUUCCCCCUGUCACCAGUUGUGCUCUUGGAGAGGGCUGGGAGAACAGUAGCGACACCGAGGAGGAGCAGAGCCCUGGAUCUCCCUCCUGGGAUAUGGGCCUCAGCCAGUGCCUGUCAAUUCUAGCACUUGGUUCCAGCCCUUAACAGUGGGGCACAACAGCACCACACUCUGUUGUCCCCUCGGAAACACUUUUUGUACUGCUGGGAGGGAAGUUCAGCAAUGCGGAAAUAAGUCGGGUUUUUUCCAGGAUCGGGACUUGCGUGCAGAAUUCUUGGAGGAGCAAUAGUCGGGGUUGUGUCCAAUGUUUCACACCCAUUAUGGACAUAAAUUUCAGCGAGUCUAAGCAGAAUUUAGUGGCAUACAAGCCUCAAGGUUUGCCCUCACUCAGCAACCAUCAAAGAAUGUUAUCAAAUAUAUCCACUGGAAGAACACUGGAUACCCCCCUUUUAAAGUACUAAUGCAUACGAGCUUGGUAUUUAUAUAUGUUGGGGAACAGAAUGCAAAUUAUGCCACGGAAGAAAUUAUUCAGCUGCUUAUCGCUCUUAAUUUAUUCUGGAGCCUGUAUAAUAGCUGCUCUUAAUUUUAAUGCAUAGAUCUGUGCUGGGGUGUUAAUAACUCGCUCUGAACUACUCAUGUCUUUGGUAGAGUUUUGCAAGGUUGCCUUACAGCUCUUCCCAUCCCCUGUCGCUUCUCGACCGCCCUCACCGUCCUCACUGUUAGCAUCUUCACGUCUGCACAAGAAAGCUUAGCUCAGAGAAAAGAAACUGGCAGGCAAGACUAGGUCUUUUAAUCUGGGACCAGCUGCAUGUUUAACUGGCUGAGAUUUCUAGCAUUGCUGUUGUUAAGCAACCAAGGUUCUAGUCCCUUGUGAUAACAGAGAAACGUUUCUGAACACAGGCAAAUAUGGCAAAUGGUUUUGGAGAAUUAUUAUUAUUAUUAUUUAGUGCAAGGCCUGAAGUUGGUGAAGGGGUAGAAGCAUGUCUGAAGUCGUAUUCUCCUAAAUCGGUUCGUAACCAGUCGAGCUGUCAUGGCUCCUGGCCAGGGAACUCAGGGACUGGGGUUCUGUGAAGGGGGUAUGCAUCUUAACAAAGAAUACUCAGCUGCCUCCUCACACUGUGGCUUGUGUCAGUUUCAUUUGUGGGGUGGAAGCUUACGUAACUCAUUUAAAAGAAGUUGUAGAAAGUGAGCUCUGAUGGGUAGCCGUGCCCUAUGCAACACAGAACUCUUUGCUGCUCAAAAUGUCAACAUAGCUAAUUCUAACCUAUUGAGAGGUUCCUGAUAAAAGGGACCAGUAUGGUGUAGGACAGGCAUCCCCAAACUGCGGCUCUCCAGAUGUUUUGGCCUACAACUCCCAUGAUCCCCAGCUAACAGGACCUGUGGUUGGGGAAGGUGGGAAUUGUAGUCCAAAGCAUAUGGAGGGCCAAAGUUUGGGGGUGCCUGAUGUAGGAGUUAGUGUGUCAGAUUUGUACUGGAGAGAAUCACUCUGAAAUCCCCACUCAAUAUCUGUGGCUUGCUCUCAGCCUUAGCUAUUUUAUAGGGUGGUUGUGAGAAUAAAAAAGUGGGGAGGGACCAUAAUAUAUACACUGUCCGAAAAUAAUUAGAGGAAAGAUGGGAUUAAAUAAUUGGGGGAGAGGCCCACUGCAUGCUCUGAAGGGAUGUGAUGCAGCAGCCAGCCUUGGGGUCACUACUUGGAAGGGAGAUCACCUGGAGACCACCCCCACAUUUGAUGCCCCCUGACUGCAUGGUGCUGAUAACGCCAAGGUUGCAGGUUCAAUCCCCCUAUGGGACAGUUGCAUAUUCCUGCAUUUGUAGGGGGUUGGACUAGAUGAUCUUUAGGUUCCCUUCUAACUCUACAAUUCUAUGAUUCUUUGGAUAAAGGCAGGGUCUAAAUGAAAUAGGGGGGGGGGGCACUGCAAGCUUAUAUCCACUUACCCAGAAGCAAGGCCUGUUGGGGUUAAAUGGGGCUUACUUCUGUGUAAGCAUGUCUAAGAGUGUAUGUAUAAAUGUGGCCGAAUGCACUUGCUGGAUAACAACACACUUGGCAAUCUUCGAGGGGAACAGAAGAUCAUGGCAGCAACAAUGGAACGAGCAGGUGGUGCCCAAGCUGCUGCUGGAGUCCUCAUCUUUGCAAGCACAAAGCAUGAUGGGAACUGUAUUUUUUGGGACUCCAGCCCCCUUGUGAAAUGGGAAACAGACUGACUUGCCUUUAAUAGUCUGUCAGGGCACAAAGCUUGUAAGCUGCUGCCGAAAUUAUCUCUUCUUUUAAAAACGCCUCGUUUUGAUCCAAAACAGCCAAUUGUUUGCGUAUAAACCGAGUUGCAAAUGAUAACACUUGAGCUCAGUGCGAGAGCUCAGUGUUGCCCAGCAAAGCUUGCUUGUUCUCAACAGAUUUUUUUUUUGGCUCGAGAUACAGGCCUGUCCUUUGCCUCUUUGCUGUCUACAUCUUCAAGCUGCUACAAAAAUAUGUGUAGGCAGUUUAAUAGAAGAGGGAACACUGCUGCAUAAAUGUAAGCAUAUUUUAAUAUCAUUUAGGCUGCAGUGUAGAAACGGGGGUGGUGAUCUGGCCUGGAAACCAUGUUCAGCCUUGCCUGUGAGCCCCAUUAAUCUCAUGUCUGUUUGUUUUUGGGGUUUUUGUGCAUCAGAUCUGUGACUGUGUCCAUUCCAAGCUCAUUGCACUUUUCCUCUUCCUCCUCCCUCCAAGGUCCCAUGUCCUGUGGGUGUUGCAGCCCUUAGCAUCUUUGACUGGAGAAAUGCAGCCUUGGUUUGGGUUGUUUAUAUGUCUGCCUGAAGUGCUGUACCGGUUAACCUUUAUGUCUGCAACUGCCUCCUGUGUGUUGCCUGUCAACGAGAUAAAUGUUUAAAAUGAAAUAAAUAAAAAUAAAACUCCAAAAAACUAUGCAAUAAAAGCAAUAGCAUGGAUAUCCAUCUCCUUGUUUUUUCCUGAGUGCAACAGGGGGAUUCAGCUGUACUGUGCCACGCAGAAGGAGACCCACCCAUAGCAUCUAUACGCUAUAAUCACCGUUUUCGUCAUGGGCCUGGGUGGGUAGAAGACAGUGGCUUUAAAUGAGCAUUAUGUCUGGCAGGUACUACUACCCUGCUUUGUUCUUCAGAUAGGGAGAUAGAUCUUGCACAACCUUUAUUUGCAAGACUUUAGGCAAGUCUUGGGGGUAGUUUAUAGCUCAUCACUUAGUUAAAAUGCUUUAAAACAGCCUCUACUGGGCACAGGGGCAGAGGAAGGGGG